AUGUUUCUGUGUGUCGGGCAGCAGGGCAGUCUCGAAGAGGUGGCCACGCCUAUUUGUGGCCUGCUGAUGACAUCAUCUGAGCAGAAAGACGAUUUUCAAACAAUUCUGCAACAGAUAAAAUCACAAGAAGACAGCAGCAUGUUUCAGACAGAGCCUGAAGCGAUGGCAAAUCACAUGAAGCUCCAGGUUGAUGCCUUCAUUACCUCAUGUCAGAGACUGGAUGUGCCUGAAGACACAGCCCACCUGGUCGUUAUACAGAAAGAGGAGCUACAAAAGAAGCUGAGACAAAUCAUGUUGAACAGUAUACACCAGUUUGAUGGCCUAUUUACACUGAAAGAGAACUGGAAUAAAGCUUUGGAAAAAUUAGAAAGCAUCUACCUCCAAUGUCAACAGCAGCAUCUCAACACCAAACACCAUCUAGCAAAUGUAGUAAGACAGCUGGAGCUCCAGAAAGUGCUGAAGGACGAGGCUGAGGAAAGAGUCUUAGAACAGGAUUAUAGGGCAGCAGAAGCUGAGAAAGGAGCUAAAGAGGCAAAGAAGACGGCAGCUGUCUCCUGGUGGAGAGCAAUGAAAGUGGAGGAUGAUAAGAUUAAAGCCAGAGAUGAGGCAGCUAGGCUGAAGAAUAGGCUCUUGGAAACCGAAGGAAGACUGUUGCAAGCCCAAAGAACAAUCGAGAAGAUGGAAAACAAGAUGACAGUGGAGGAGGAGAAGGUUAAAGACAGAGAAGAGGCAGCUAGGCUGAAGAAGAGGCUCUUGGAAACCGAAGGAGGACUGUUGCAAGCCCAAAGAACAAUCGAAGAGAUGGAAAGCAAGUCAACACGUUUAGAACAGAUGCUGUUGGAAUCACAGCAGAGGACCCUAACAGCUGAAACAAGGACCAGAGUGGCAGAAGACAAAAUGGCUGCCACCUUGAACAUCACUGAGAACAAAGUUAAGGCUGUUGACCAAAGACUAGCUGAGUUACAAGAGGAGAGAAUUAAAGGUAUCCAAGCUGGGGAACAGAAAGCUAUGCAAGCUUUAAUAGAAGCAGACAGGUUCAAAAUGGAAGUCAGCCAAUUAAAUGAAUCGUCUUCAAACUUGUUGAUGAAAUCUGCUAAGGAAAUGGAGGCAAUGAAGGACAGUGUGUCUCGAGCAGCAGAGUUGGUCCGUUUAACAGAAAGGAGACUGUCUGUUGCUAAAGAGCGGAUAGAUACGGCAGAGAAAAGGAUACAGGUUACUAUAGAGAGAGCUGGGAGUGCAGCUACGCAUCUCCAUUAUGUGGAAAAAGGAACAGCAACAAAUGAGGUAUUUAUUUGA